UUGGGAGUAUUAUUCAAUUCUAUCAGCUGCUUUAGACGAUCAUUUAGUGCUGCAUCAAUCAAAUUAUUUUCAGCCACUUGCGAAUCGUGGUUUCCGUUCGGAUCACCAGGUGGAGGCGCACCGAAUAGGAAAUAUGAAGCGUUCAGUCCACAAACUUCUGAUGCUGCAGCAAUGAAAACGGAUAGACGCUCUCCGUCGCGUCAUUCCAAUGAAGAUAGUGGCCGUUCGAGUGGAUCCGACACUAAUCAUCCACCAAAAGAGGUUUGCUUUAUCCAGCACUCAUAUGAAGCAUUUCUGACUCGAAUCUGCAAUGCAUUUGUCCUCUAA